CGAAACAAAGUUAAAUAUAUAAAUUUUAUUAUUGACAGUUACUGUGUUUCAUUCUCAACAACAUUAGAUUAUCCAAAAUUAAUAUAAAAAUUCAAUAAUCAAUAGAAUUCAAUAAUAUAAAUUAUUAGAGUAAAUGGAAAAUUUUCAAAAAUGGAUACAUUCAUUUUAACAAGUCCAAUAGCAAUUGUACACCUUAUACCAAUCUUCAAUUACAUUAACUUACUUAGUGAUUUUUUGUUUAUUGAACAUAAAUUGGAAUUAUAUAAUCAAUAUAAACAAAUACCAAUUAUUAAUGCACUUUACGAGUAUUUCGAAGAAAAUCACCAUAAUAAAACUAUGCAAUUGAAAUUAAUUAGAUAUUUAUUACAAGGCAGUGAUUUAUACGGAGAAGAAGAUAAUGAGAAUGUAGAUGAAAUUUUCGUUAAUACAAUGUUUGAUUACAUCAUUAGUUCUCUUGUAUUUGACAAAUAUGGAAAUAUUUAUGGAUUUUUGGCUGAUACCGUUCGUAAGGUAGAAAAUUUACAAUUAGAUUAUAUUUUAAAAAUAGUUAAAGAAAAACUUAAAAAUGCGACAUUUGACAAUGAAUAUGGACCCAAUUCGGUUCUAACUGAAUUAGCCGUUAAUAGAAUAUAUAAAGAUAUAAUUUUACCAAUGUUUCCUAAACCAAAGAUUAAUCUCAGUGUAUUGUCUCUUGAUUAUAUUUUUGCACAAGCUGGUUCAACAUAUUUUCGACUUGGAACAAUAAAUAAUUCCUAUUAUUCUAAUGAUGAAAGCAAAAAAUUUAGAUACUCGCAUGAAAACUUGUUCGAUGAAUAUUUAAUAAUUGGAAACGUUAUAUGGAAUUUACUUCAGGAGAAGAAAAUAGAUUCUCUAUCUUUAAGAGUUUUUGCUCUACCAGCUCUUUUAUAUUACACAACUACUGAAGAUAAAUUGAAAAAUGAAGUUAUAAGAAAUAUAAUGUUUAAUCCACAUCAUUGGGAGAAAGCUUUUUUCAAUUUUAAUAAUUAUGUAGCCGAUGCUUUUGAACAAAUAGAAAUUCAAUUAAUGAAUGACUAUACAUAUAAUAUUCAUUUAGGAUUUUCUAAUUUUCAAAGUCGUGCUGUUAUAGCUAAAUCAGUUAAAAAUUCAAAUUGCAGUUCUUUAAGUAAGCAAGAGGAGAUAAAAAUUUCUUCUUCUGUUCAGCGUAUCAAUCGAAUAAAAUGCCAAACUGAAUUUAAUCAAGACUACAUAAAUGAUUUAUAUAAUGAUCAAGUUUUUACUUUAGGCGAAAUUUAUGGGAAUUAUGAUUUAGGAAUAACAAAACAAUGUUUCAAUGAAUCGUUAAUAGAUGAUUUUCAUAAUGUUACAAUAAAAUUGAUUGUUACUAAUACUGAACUGGUAAAUAAUGAUUUUAAUAAUUUGCAAUAUUUAUCCUAUGAUUUGCUUCAAUUUUACUACACUUAUAAUAAAACUUCAGAAUACUAUGCUUUAAUUCGAAAGAACUAUACUGUUACGCUUAUCAAAGAGGCAGAUGAUCCAGAAUUGUUUCAGCAACUAAUUGGACCAUCUUUAGAGGAUAUAAUACGAUUUGGAAAGAGUAUUAUUUUAAAGUUUGCUGAUGAAGAAGCAAAUAAAUUUUAUGAAGAAUUAAUGAAAUACAAGAAAGAACGAUUCAAGACAUAUUUGACUCUUUUUAACUACAGUUUAAAAAAUAAUAAAUGGUGGAAGGAAUUUGGAUUGUCUUUGGUGCCAUUUUAUCCUUGUUUAUCAAAAAUUGCCAACUAUUAUAAUGAUGAGGAAAACUUGUGUGAAAAAGAGAAUGUAAAAUUUUUAAAUAAUUUUUCCGAUGAUAUAUCUUCACAUUUAACAGAUUUUAAUACUCAGUCUCUUCUUUCUUUCUUCGGUACAACUAUUAAAACAAUAUUUAUAAAGGAUGUGAUUUUAGAAAUUGUGAAUGGAUUAACAGUAUCAAAUAAUUCAUCUGAACUUUCAAUAGAGCAUGAAUUAAAUAUUAUAAAAUUUUAUGAACAAGUUUCUUUACACUUAGAAGAGCCUAAAUUUGUGACAAUUUCUAUAAAUCAAGAAAGUAUUGAUUUAUUAACAAUAAUUGUCCAUAAUUUGCGAAAAAAAAUUAAUUACAAUUUUAUAUCUGUCAAUUAUAUGAUUUCUAAUAUAGUAUUAUUGAAAUGCAGCAUUGUCAAUGACAUUGGUCGCGUUGGUGAAAAUAGAAGUCGAAAUUUAUUUGUAAACGCUCUGAAUCGUAAGACUGGAUUUGGAUACAAGUUUAUAAAUAUUUAUGACUCAGUGUCUACAUCAUUGAGAACUGAUUUUGAUUUGAAAGAAAAAAUAUUUGUUACACUUGUUUUUGAUUUUCCAGAAAAUAGAAAAAAAUAUACCAAAUUAAAUAACGUGAGUUUUGAAGUAGAACCAAAUUAUAUUUUAUAUGAAAUUAAUAAUCAACUUACGAGAAAGGAUGCAAGACGUCGAUUUAAUGGUAUAGAGAUUAAUCAGGUUAAUGAAAAAUGUGCGCAUAAUGAGUAUUUAGAAAUAACAAAUCUUUCUAAGGAUUGUCCAAGAUAUUUGCUUUUCAUUAAACAUUUACUCAUGAAAGAGAGAGCGGUACAAUUAUUAAAAAAUAAUGUAAUUAUUGAUGAACAACAUAGUGCAUCUGAGAGAGAAAUACGUAAUCAAUUAAAAAAGUACAUUUUUCCAGAUGAUAGUACAUUUUUAUUUAUCUUUGUCAGUAAAUGGAUAUACUACAAAAGAUUUGACAAAUUUGAAGAAUCUGAUUGGAGCAGAAGCUGUAAAAUAGAAAAUCCUGAUCUUUUAAAUAAACUCAGAUACGAAUUAGUUUUAGACAAAAUAGAUUUACCAAUUCCAGUUGGAAGAAGGAGAAUUAAUUUGAUUUAUACCUAUAAAGAUAGAUGUAGGAUUGAGGAAGGAACAUCGAUAGAUAAUGUAAUUAGAGAUUUUAAUGAUCAGAAAGCAGGUUUUUCUGUAACAUUUGAAGAUUACUAUGCUUUACGAAAUUUUGUCACAUCAGGCUAUACAAGAAUAAGUGGAGAUACACCAGAAGCAAAACGAAUGAAACUUGCUUUAUAUAAAUUAGCUAUAAGACAAUCUGAUGAUUUAAGACAUGAAUUUGAGGGGACAUUAUUUCUUGUCGAAUCAAAACCUUAUGACAUUAUUAAUAGAGAAAUAUUCGUGGGAAAUAGACUUGUUUUUCAUAAAUUUACAUUAACAUCAACAAGUGAAGAAUCAGCCAUGAGAUAUCUUGCAAAAGAAGCUUUUGGAUUUAGAAAUAUUUUGUAUGAAAUUAAAUUUACUGAUCCUUAUUUUAGAGCAAAUAUCAAAAUAAAAAUCAACGAUUUUGAUCCUGAGAGAAAAGUUAUUCUUUUACCAUCUGAAUUUAAAAUUAAGGAAAUUCACAUAGCAAAAAGUGAAGAUAUGGGUCACUUUCUUAGAGUUAGUCUAAGUGUUUUAUAUGAUAAUAUUGGAAAGCAUGAACAUUAUAAAAAUAUCAUGAGAGAAAUAACAAAAAUUAAUUUGUAAAUUUUGUUUUUUGGAUAUAAAAUAUAAAAAAUUUGUAGUUGAACUGAAAAAUGUCUUUUUAUUUUAACGCGAUAACUACUAGUUUAUUCUUCAAAUUAAAAUAGUUUGCAACUACCUGAAUUCGUUCACUAGAAUUUUUACCAAACCUUGUACAAUCAAAAUCUGACUUUUCCUUAAAUUAUUAUUUUCUUACAAUUUGAUCAUCAAUCAUUUGCGAAUGCAUUUCGAGAUUUACCAUAUUCAUACUUUAAGAAUGGAGAAUCUUAUGAUAAUUUAUGAAAAUUGAAAACUGGCACCGAUUCGAUUCAGUAAUUUUGAUAUAACUACGAGUGUACAAGUUGCACACUAUGUGAGAGAUUAGUGGGAACAUCCUUUAUAUAUAUAUAUAUAUAUAUAUAUAUAUAUAUAGAUGUUAGCGCAGGGAGAAAAGGUCGUUCUUCGUUCUCGUUGGCAC